UGCUGAUCAGCUUCGUUGUGCGAAUCUCCUGGGGUGUUGUGGAGACACAGCUGCAUGCACGCAGAAAUGGCAACCGAACGCACCUGCCAUCUGGGGUCGACAAGCACCGAGAAGACACAAUCAACCAUUGCAACAGCCUCACUUUAGCAGCCCGAAUCUAUCCUUGCUGGCAUCUAGGAUUCACGGUGCUCUUGCACGACCAUGUUCAACUUCAGCGGGCACCUUCUUGCGGGGCAGCAUGACACGCAAAAGGACCGGCCUCCUCCAGCAAGACCGAUACCUGCGACCUUCCCGGCGCUCGAUCCACCCAUACCCUCGACAGAAUCCCCGCCAGCAUCCUGGAGUAGGGCCAAUGUGACAGGGAUCACCAAACAGCUUCUCGGCUUGAGGAAACCAUCCGACGUCACUAAGGAGACUCUGGCGCAGCUCAAUGUCACAUUCCAACCCGAGUGUGAUUUCGAAACGCUUUUAUCGUCGCUGCCCCACGAUGCGACAGUACACAUGCCACCUGCCAUGUGGCUGAAUGCACCAGAUCAGCAAGAGCCGUCAACUGGAGAGCCUGUUGUCACCCUCCUCAGUAAUGGUAGAAGGGUUCCGGAUCGCAAAGAAUUCUACGUCCGCGCUCGAGAGUUGCUCUUCAACAAUGAUGACGCAUUCUCGACGCUGACACGGAAAGCCACUGGGGGUCAAGCACCACUGCGAUUAGCGCAUUUUCGAAAAUUCUGGGAGGGUCUCGAUAAUAUGGCGUAUUAUUGGGAUAACUCUCUAGACGAGUAUCGUACUCCGGAUCCGGAGACAGACAGUACAGCUGCUGAGAAGGACUCUCUCUCCAAUGAGAACAACAGGAGCAACGAUCAAGAAACACAUGCUGAAACUAAACCCGAUUGGAUUGCAAAGAUGGGAAGUGGGUUUGGUUCCCCAACGGAGGGCGAGCCUCGUAAGAAAGCAAAGACAGAAGCGGUGUGUGACCAAACAUUGGAUCAACCUGUCAACGCGAACGGGUUCGGAGGAUCUACCGGCACUGCUGCUCAAACAGUAUCAAUCGCCCCGAGCAGGGUACUGCCUGCCAGAAUUGCACCAUCUAGGUUUCGAAACACAAUCAACACGGAACCUCAAGGUAAGCCGGUUGACAUGUCCCAAGGCUCGUACCGAGGGUAUCGUAUCGGUAAUGGUUCAGAGAUGCCUGAUCAGUAUCGAAUUGAAUGUGUCCGGGCUUUUGUCGAGCCCAUUGCAUGGGCCUUUGGAGUUACACUUUCCCAGCACAGGCGGCCCCCUGUUCUGGUCCUGCAGCACGUGCGUUUUCCGAUACGCAUGAGCUCUGUGGCAUGGCGCGGACCCCAAGAUCGGAUGAAAGCACGGCAGGGCUGGAUGGAAGGGCCUGUGCUAGGUAUUCAGUGUCGUCCAGACGUGAGUUUCGGAGCUUCUGGCAAUCUAGACGCAGAGUCAAACUUGGAUGCCAUCCGUGAACUUGGAGGCCUGUUGCUGCUAGCUCAAGAGCGUGUCAGGGAAGGUACAGUCGAACGUGUCGCUGGAGAUGGAAAGUGGUGGGCUACGAAAGAGCGUUGGGGAGGCGGCCCGGGAGGCGAAGUCGAAGAUGGCGUAGCAUCCAGCGAGGCAAACGGCACCGAAACUACGCCCAGUGCCCAGGAGAAAUCUCUGCAGAGAAACGCUGAUGGAUCACGACCACGGCGACGGCCAACACCAGUGCAAGUGUGGAAAAUCGUCAAACCAGGGAACCCUCUCUGGGAUCCCAAAGUGAUCUAUGAAGCGAUUGGCAAAGAAUCAGAUGCAGAGUGGGACGAUGUCUUCAUGGUCUCAUCAUUGAACCACCACAUCCGCUUGUUGAAGCUACACGUGCAUUCAGCAUACGUUGAAUACCUCACGAAUGGCAAGCUGCCAGAGACUCAGCCAUCGGACCCUGAUUGGUGCUCACCUAAGCUUGACAAGACGCGAUGGUUUGAUUUAUUCAACGUGGAUGAUCGCUCCGAAGCCAUGAGGGGUCUAUGGGGCGUCAUGUCUUAUCUGCUUCGAAGCAGAAAUGGGGGCCGGCAAGACGUAGUCAUGGAGAACUCUUGAUGGCCCGCAACACCGCUUACAAUGGCCACCAGUAAGCGUUCGCAAGGCCCACGCAGUUGGACACCUGUUUAAUGGGCUUUUGAGUGAUUCGAGGAGACUGUGAUUUUCAUGGGAACCUCGAGGUGCGCUUAUGAUGGGAAUAAAUUGACAAUGGCAACAACUCCUAAUAGCACCG